UCUCUCUCUCUCUCUCUCUCUCUCUCCUCUGCCUGUCUCUCUCCUGCUCCCUCAGUUCACUUUACUUUAGUUGGACGAACUUGUGGCUGCACUUCGGCUUCUUCACUCGGCGGCGCGCGACAGAAGCGGACGCUGCGCACAAAGCAAUGAUGAAGCCGUGCUCGGGGUUGAUGCGCAUCCGCUGGGCGCUCUUCAUCAGCGCGUGCAUGCGGAUGGUGAGCGCGGACUGUGACUCGGAUUGCGGCUACUGCUCCGUGCACCUGCGCCUGCAAAACACACACGCCAACUCUUUAGAAUGUGUGUUGCAGUGUGAAGGUCAUCUUUCCACUGGUGGCUCUUGGGGUAUAUGUCAAGAUUUCCUGCAGACAACCGAAAGCACGCCGGAAGCAGGUCAAGCAUCCACAGAAACCUAUAGCUUACCCCAACAACACCAUGACGAGAAAAGAUAUGGUGGCUUCAUGAAGCGAUACGGUGGUUUCAUGAAACGUUAUGGAGGGUUUAUGAAACGCUAUGGAGGCUUCAUGAAAAAAGCGGCAGAGGUUUAUGAGCCACAGCCAGAUGACAUAGACAGAGGCAGAGAAAUCCUGUCUAAGAGUGACAUGGAGAUGCUGGCCAAUCUGGUUGAAGAUGAUGCUGAAAAGGAAGGGCCUCCAAUGAAGGACAUCCCUAAAGUGAAGGGAGGGGUUGAGGAGUUAGAGAGCAUGAUAAAGCGUUAUGGUGGCUUCAUGAGGAGGGGUUAUGACUCAGGGGGUGGCACAAAACCACUACAGAAACGAUACGGUGGGUUUAUGCGGCGGGUGGGCAGGCCAGAUUGGGGCGAGGAGCCUAAAUUUUACAGAGGUGUCUUUAAACGUUCACCACACGAGGAGGAAGAGCAAGAGAAGUCAUCAGAGAUGGUAAAGAAAUAUGGGGGUUUUGUGGAAUACUGACAUGCUUGCAGACUGCAGUUAGCUGUUGAUAUUUCUGUUCGAUCCCCCUUCAUCUGUUAAUUGUUAAAGGUUCUUCGUAAUUAUGACAAAAAAACAAACAUGCUUAUUAAUGCACUUGCUGACAUGAUUUGUACAAAUUUGCUUGUAAUAUCUUUGUAGUGCUCAACAUUUUCAGAAUGUAAAAAAAACAACACAGAGGUAUAUUGUGGCUACUGGAAUUCAUGGAUCGUAGAUGCAAGUCUGUGUAGCAGAAUCAGACAGCAGAUCAAUUACAAAGUUUUAUCACUGAUGCUUGUCUGUCAGACAUGCAUUUUCCCUCUUUCGUUUGCUCCACUAGAGAUAAAGUUCUCUACACCAAAUUCACUUUGACAAUAUAUAUCUUUUUUUGUUACCACCAUAACAGACUUAGUGGUGUAAAAGUUAUUUUAAUAACCACAAUCGAGUGAAUUCCUCCCACAGCAGUGUUUCUCAUAGUGGGUUGUUCUGUUAACUGUCUACAUUUGUUAUAUGCUGUACAGCUUAAAUAAACUGCUUGAAACUGCAAAA